UGUCCUGAGGAUGGGAGGGAAGCAGAAAAAGCUGAUCUCGAUCAAUGACAACCUGAAACAUCCCAUCCAAGAAGGAGGAGAAAUCAGAAGUUACGAGUGUUCACUGGUUUAUGAAUCUAAGGUGGAGAAGAAAACAGAGAGUAAAUUAACUGGGCAUAGUAUGAAGCUACUUAAGAUUAACAGGCUGGAAGAGAUCAAUGCACGAUAUAACAGCAACAGACUGGAAAAAACAGCCUUUUUUCAGAGCGUGGAAAAAGUGGAGAGGACUAGAAGCUUUCAGGAAGAAAAAAUCAGUGAAUCAGAUCCUGGAACAGAAGAUGAGAAGGUCAUCAAAGAAAAGUCACAUUUGAAUGUGACGGGAACAAAAGAGAAGAAGCCACCAGAUUCAGCAGAGGAAGCCAUCCAGAAGAGCCAGUCCUGCUCUCCGGAAGAAGUUGAUAAGCUCAACAAGGAAAAUGCCGAGAGGGAAAGUUCUGUUCUGCUUCAAAUGGAUUCUCCCAAAUUUCAUACAGAAGGGCAAGAAGACAAAGGAGAAAGUUUGGCUUUUGAAAGCUCUUACAAAUACAGGAGAAGCUCUGUUCAGAAAUCCUUCACUACAGAAAAGCAGCAAGAAGAAGGUGCUGUUCAUGAUGCUUGUCAAUCUCCUUCACAAAAUGAAGAUGCGGCAGAACAAAGCCAAGAUCAAGAGGCACCAGAGGGAAGGUGUAAAGGCUGUGAAAAAGAUAAUAGUCCUACUCCACCAGCACCGUUUGAUCACCGGAUUGUCUCAGCCAAAAGGGUGGGGAUCAGCAGUUAUUAUAAUGUCAGCGAGAAUGAAAUCCUGGGAGGAGGACGAUUUGGUCAAGUGCACAAAUGUGAAGAGAAAGCAACAGGUCUCAAGCUAGCAGCCAAAAUUAUAAAAGCAAAAGGUCCUAAACAAAAGGAUGAAGUAAAGAAUGAAAUCAAUGUCAUGAACCAGCUGAAUCAUGUGAACCUCAUCCAGCUAUACGAUGCCUUUGAAUCAAAAAAUGACAUUGUACUAGUCAUGGAAUAUGUGGAAGGAGGAGAGUUAUUUGAUCGAAUUAUUGAUGAGAACUGCAAUUUGACAGAGAUGGAUACUAUCUUGUUCAUAAAACACAUCUGCGAGGGAAUUCAGUACAUGCACCAAAUGUACAUUCUUCAUUUGGAUCUCAAGCCUGAGAAUAUCCUGUGUGUGAACCGAGCAGCAAAUCAAAUAAAAAUUAUUGAUUUUGGAUUGGCAAGAAGAUAUAAACCCAGGGAAAAACUUCGAGUUAACUUUGGGACUCCAGAAUUUCUUGCUCCUGAAGUUGUGAAUUAUGAGUUUGUCUCCUUUCCUACAGACAUGUGGAGUGUAGGAGUCAUCGCUUAUAUGCUCCUCAGUGGAUUGUCUCCUUUUUUGGGUGAUGAUGACAAUGAGACCCUCAACAAUAUCCUGUCCUGUAGCUGGGAUUUUGAAGAUGAGGAAUUUCGAGGUGUUUCUGAUCAGGCCAAAGAUUUCAUCUCAAAGCUUCUCAUCAAGGAAAAAUGCUGGAGAAUAAGUGCAACUGCUGCCUUAAAACACCCAUGGUUAUCAGACCACAAGCUCCACUGCAGACUCCAGAAGAAGGCUAAAGAUGACUGUGUGCCCCAAGCACCCCCGGCUCAAUAACCACUGUGAAAGAGCUGCCAAACAGAAGAAAAGCUGCUGUGUGGUUACUGCUGCUAAGAGAUUUGAAAAUAUCAGCAGUCUUGGUGCUUUACCCCGCUGCCGUGACCGAGACUUUUACUAAAUGGACCAACAGCACUUUAACUGCAGGACAAGUCCCAACUUUGCUGAGCUGCUUCUUCUCUGUUCAGCUGUUGAAAGAAGGAAAGUAUUUCUCCAGGUUGCAGGAAGGUGUUUCUUCUGGAGUACCGUGUUGUCAAUGUCUGGACAUGCUACAUUAGCUUGGAUUCAUAGCAAACUUUUCUCUGUCUUGUCUUACAUCCUCAUUUACUUAUCAAAGGCUCCUUAAGGUACAAAUUAUCAGGUUAAAUUGACUGUUUCUCAUCUCAGCUCAGAAGGCAGUCUGUCACUGUGUUACAUCUGUAACCAAGGUUGAUUUGACACUGGAGUCAAAUUUUUUUUUUUUUUUUAAUUGCAGCUAAUUUAAAGCUGCCUUAUGUAGAAGAUUUGAAGUUUGUUUUUCCUGUCACACUAAAAUGAGCCAAGGAUUAGCUCAACCAAAGCUGAAGCCAUGCUAACACAACACCAGUGGAAGUGAGAAAUGAGGUUUUCCUUGCACAGAGGUGAAUUUGCUGCAACCUUGAUAUGAUACAUUUUAGGAUUUUUUAGACUGAUUAAUUACUGUUCUCUUUAAAUACACUUGGAUUAAUUAAACAAGAAAGAGAACAAGGCACUAUUCACUUGUACCCAUGCAGACCCUGUUCUCCAAUAUGCAAGUAUAAUUCAGAGUUAUUUUAACAGAGGGUGAUUUAUACCAGCUAAUUUGUUUAAUUCUGCUAGGACUGAUUAAGACCGUUGGCAAACAGGAGUCAGACCUCUGCUCAUUAUAACCGCUGGGUACAGGCCCAAAUGCAAAACCUGUUUUUCUAAAGAUUUAUUUUCUUAUCUUGCUCCCAAGCCUUUCUGAUUCUGAUAAAAAACUGGGAAUCAGAACAGCUUAAUUUAUUAUCUGAGAUUGUUUGAGCAUGGCUCAUCACUAAGUGAAUCUGAGUUUUAGUUGCCUAGGCUGCAAGGUUAAAGUAAUGAGACUUAUUCCCUGCUGUAUAUGGCUUUCUGACUGCUUGGUUUCAGAACUACAUAAAUGCAAAGUAUAGUGAGUAUUUUAUUCAAUGAUGCUGACAUAUUAUGGUGCCUUUAGAUUUUCUUUGAUCAAUC